GGAUCCCAGGGCAACAGGUUCCUCUGUUGUUUUGAAAUGUCCUUUUGAAGCACAAGGAUGGUCCUGGCACCUAGUGCUGUUUCCUCAGAAUGGUAUGCACGGGUGGAAGAAAGCUGAGCUGUGGAGUUCUAGUUUAAAAUCAAAAGGCAGCAUCUCCCUCAGCAGCACUAGCUUUUUCAGGCAUCUUUAAAAUGCAGUGAGGGCAUAAAUGGAUUUUGUUUCCCUCUGGGUUUUGCAGAAAGCCAGGUAGUAUGGACCAAAACAUGGCUACAUACAAUAAAAAGUGGAUGCUAUAGAAGGAUGAGAGCCCUUGGCAUCUCCCAAUGGCAGCUGCUGUUGGUACAUGUGAUGAUGCCAGGCUGCAGGGCAGGAUUCCCUUGGAACAGAGCAUGGAAGGUGCUGCUGCUGCCUCUCUUCCUUUUGAGUGCUCCUCUGUCAUCUGGGAUGACAUUCAAGAGGGAUGAUGCUGAAGAUGAUGUUCAAAGUACCACGCACAAGGAGGCUGCUCCCACCGGUGCUGCACCUUCACUCCUGCCCUCUUCCUUCCAGGAAGCAAGGAAAGAGCAUCCAACACCUUCAGCAGCGCUGAAGGCUGCCGCCAACACUCCUGACUGCUGCUAGCCAAGGAAGAAAUCUUUUCCUGGAGAGAGACAUGCAGUGGCACGUGCAGCUUUUGCUUUCUGCUCAGCUGCAUCUCCAGCUGAGCAUCCACCAGCCAUUCUCCUGGCAGUAGGUAGAAGACCUGCCUCGUGGCCCGGCGUCUCUGCUCUUGGAAAGCCCUGCCAGCAGUCAGGAUGGCAGAGCUCUGCUGCAGAAAACAGAAGCAUUUUGUGGUUCAGUGCAGUCACAAAAACUGAAUGUUUGCGUUUGGUAAAGAUAGACCUACUGCUGUGGUUAAUGCGAGGCUUUAAGUUCAGGAGAGAUGAAAGUACUAAAAAAAGUGAAGUAGCAAAUAAGUACACAGGCCAUACGGCUUUCAGUCUUCAGGCUAAAGCACAUACGGUUACUGCCUUACUGCCAGUCCUCUUGGCAGAGCUGGGGGCUGUCUCUGCCCCACUGCUGAAGGACUUUGGAAACACCAUCCCUGGGGAAUGCAGGGGGAGGGAGGCAAGAGAGGAUGCUCAGGACACUGAUCUGGUCCUUGACACCUGCCAGCAGCCACACAGCUCAUUGAAAGGGUCAGCAGAAUAACCCCCCAUGCCUGGUGAGCCACAAAAUCAUCUCAGGAUUGGAGCAAAAUGAAGACCUAGAACUAAAUUUGUGCAUCCACUAAUCACCCAGAAACACAACUGCCCCAUUACCAGUAUCUGUGUCUCCCAGAACAGACUCCCUCCUGGAGAAAAUACCUCCGGGGAGCCCAGCCCAUGGGCUGACUCACAGAAACACGCCAGGCUGAGCCACUGCUUCCCAGAAGGUAAGACCAAGAGGCAGGAGCAAGCCCUGAUGCUCUGCCAAACCAUGAGUGCAGUAAAGCUCCUUAGCUGCCGCAGGGCACGGACCGCCCCAGACCUCCCUCCCCUUGCCCUGGCCUGUGCUUUGUGCAGCGGUACCCAGCGGGGAGGGACAACCCAUCACCUUGAAGCUGCACAUGCCCUGAGCUGCUGGUUUGUUUUGGACACUUGCAUGUGGACCUGCGCUUCACGAGGGGAUUAAAUCCCCCCUGUGGGACUCGAGUCUUGGUGUUACACCAGGAGCUGCGGCACCCCUACGAGGUGGGCUGACCUCGGCUCAGGUGUUUUCUUGAGCUACAGGAAUGAGGUUAGCUUUGACUGGCCAUCUUCCUUCUUCUGGGCCUGGAAAGCAGAGCUAGCUAGCAAAAUCCGCGUGGUGGGCUGGUGUGUUUCUCCAUAUGAAGUGCCUGGGGUACGAGGCUUAACUCCGAGCAGCGUGCUGGCAUGGGGCUUGACCAGGUGUAGCACAAAGGUGCAAUGUGGUAUUUUUGUGGUUUACUGACCCUGCUCAGCCUCGUUAGAGCUGCUUCUGCAAACAACCCUUUUCCCAGGGGUGAGGUCUGCCGUCUCUUUAAGCUUAUUCCCCAUCAACAGCCAGCAUCAGCUUUUGAAAGACAGGUCUCUGGGGCUGGAGCCCUUGGUGCAGAGGGCGAGGAGGGCUGCUCUGGCAGGAAGGAGCCGUGCCACAGGGCUGGCCCCUCUCUGGCCUGGUGAGCUGGCAGUGGCGUGGAAAGGAAGGGACCAGCGAGGUCUCGGCGAGCAGCAGAUUCCUGGACAGUUUGCAGAAGAGCUGCAGUUUUCAUCUUUGCUUUAGCAUGCUUGUAGGAAGACUAAGCUUAGUUACUUUCUAAAAACUCGCUUGCUUUUCCCCUUCUUGUUUUGAGCUAAUAUUCAGUUUCUGCCAUGCUCAGCCUGUCAGGCAUAAUUAGGAGGAAGGCUGGGUUUUGGCUUGACUGGAGGCCCAGGAUUUGGAGUGAUGGGUUUAACGGGAUCUUCAGCAGUGAGGUGCUGCUUGCACUCAUUUUUUUUGUCAGUUGUAUAAUGUGCAUGUCAUUUGCCAAACGUGUCAACCAGGAAAAACAGGCUCUUCCAUUACAUGCCUGCUCUGGAGCUUGCAGGCUCUGGUCCAUUUGCUUUAGCCUAUGCAUCGCUGCCAGCAGCGGCUGCUCUUCCCACCAGACAGAUGAGCUGGGUAGCAGUAGAUCCGAAGAGAGGCAAGUGUCUGCUGGUGGCUGGCAAGAUGCUGCAUUAGCACUAAUUACAUGCGAUUUUGUGCUAAUGAGGCUUACCCAGACCUGUCCUCGAUGCUGGCUGAUACACUAGCCGGAUAACUGCCUUUGUGGCUUCGUGCUGUUGAAAUGCUGUACUUCUUUGGUAGACUGCAAGUCUACCAAAUCUUGGUAGACUGGGGGAGGACAAUGCAGGCCCCACAGAGCGGAGCAGCUGUGAAGCCCUCACCACAAGCCCACAGCUCCUCUUGCAGCCCCAGAGACCAAGCGCCUGCAAGGCUGCAGCUGGGGUCUCAUCUCCGUGGGAGGGAGAACACAUUGCAUGCAAACUGGAGAAGAAACUGCAGAAAUUACUGGAGGAAAAAAAUACAAAUGCAAGGAGACAAGUCUGGCCACACUUGCUCCACCAUGCUCUUCACGCAUGCUUCCCCAUUUCUACCUUCUCCACCCUUCGCUCACCCUGAGCUCCUACCGCAGGUGGUGUUGGGUCUUUGCCUACACUGUGUCUCCCGUCCCUGUCUCUAACCCACGCCGUAGCCUUAACAGCUGCCUCCGCCUUUUCAUUUCCUUCUCUGAGCAGCAUCUUCACCAAGCUUUGCCCCCAGGCACUUGUUUGCUCUUUGAAGCUCUUAAAGGUCAGUGUAGCUCAGUGCUUGCAGACCUCAGGUGUGCGCUGGCUGCAUCUCAGUGCAAGGCUUCCUCCAGCGGGGUACGUCUAGCCUUGUAUUUUAAAGUCUUCAAGUGGCACACUGGUCCUCUCAACAGCCUUGCUGCUUGUCAUAAUUUAUUCCUCCAUGUUUCAAUCCAUCUUAGGUCCAUGUGGCUGAAUGUCUUCCUUUGAGACUGCUGCUGGGGACAAAGGACAUGGCCGAGGCACCCAAUGCCUUCUCACUGAGGCUGGCCUUCAGCAGCUCCAGGGCCUGCAGAAAGUCCACAGCAAGGAGGACUCUUUUGGUGGGAGAGGAUCAGGUGCAGAAUUUCAGGACACCCCCGUACACACAGCUGGAUGCAGACACCUCUGCUGAGCACCCAUACGAAUAUCUGUGAUGGCCAGGAGCAUGCUGGCCACAGCAAGGUCCUCUCCUUACCCAACUGCCCCAGCAUGCUACUGUCCACAUCAGUAAUUUUGUGGGCAGGACUCAGGAGUCUUUCCCCCUUCCCCUUGACUGUAGAGGGGUGGUAGUUUGUCUGCUCCGGCUUGGGGACCACAGAAGGGGGUGAGCAGCAGCAGCUGGUCCAUGCACAUGCUUGUUGCACCCUGGGCUUGGUCCUGCUGGGGAUGGAGGGCUCUCCAACCACUAUCUGCAACAGGGGUGCUGAGUUCAACCAGCAGAUGCAAUUUAUUUUUCAUCUGCUCACUUCUGAUUUCUGCCAGAGACCAACGAUUGCCCCUUUGUGACUUAGGAGUUGCAGCAGUGUGGGACUGGGAAAAGAGAAGGACCUGGGGUUCUGCUUUUAGACACCCUGCAGUAUGAUUUUCACAUCUGCUGAUGGUCACCCGCUGCUCUUAUCUCUCUCCAACCACAAUAAGCUGCACUGGCCCGAAGCAGCGAGUGUGCAAAUUCUUCCUCACAGCCAAUAUUUACAGGGUUUUGUGCUGCUCUAUUUGCUGUUUGGUCUCUUCCAGCCCCUCAGAAGGUGCAGGGUGCAACACAAGUGACAGAAAAGACAGCUAAGCGCUAGUGGAAAUGUGCCUUGUUUUUUCAUUCAGUUUAUCUAAGGUUAAGUUGAGAAUAUGUUUUUAAAGUUUCCUUCCAGCAGCCUGGAAGGAUUAAUGUGGCCAGAAUAGCAUGACUGAUAAAAACUACUCUUUGGAGCAAUUAAAUGAAGAGGUGCAUGUGGAUGAUGGGGACAUGGUGGGAACAGGGGUUGGGCAACACUCAUCUACAGUAGCUCACCUUUCCUGCAAGGAAAUGAAAUAACCUGUCUGAAGAACAGAAGCUGCAUCCUGCAGUGGGUGAAUGGUUGCACAUUGAUGCAUCCAUUGCAGCUGCCAAGGGCUACCCAAGAAAUGUGCUGCUCCAGGGAAGGAACGUCCCUGGGGAAAGGACACAGUUGCAUUUUCCAGCUCAAAUCUUGUGCCUGUGCUUUUGCACUGCUUGCGGUUGCUUUUAGCUUCUCAGACAUCCCAAGCUCAUGCAAAAUGCAUGCAGGAUGCAGCAGCCCAUUGCUGUGAUGGCAAAAAGCCAAUGGGCUUGUGAUAUGACCCCGCAAAUACCCGGCCCUGCAUUGAGGAACCGAGCAGAUGGGAGCAGAGAACCUGCGCUCUGCUGGGCACAGGGUAAACGAGAAGUUAAACUAAAUGCACAGUUGGCAACAAAACAUUGUGAAAGGCAGAACCUGAGUGGGAGCAGCCUCCCCUCUAACACAAACACCAAAAACAUGUUUGGCAUAAGUUUGUACCAACCUAGUUGUAAGCUCCACUCAUCUUAAAGGUCAUUGUCCUUCCUGUCCGAAAAGGUCCGUCCAGCCCCUGGGCCUGCAGGUGGACGACAGUCGCUGCCUGGGCUCCAGCCUGGGGCUAAGCAGCCCUUCUCAGGGUGUAGGAAGCUGCUGCAGUCAGCAGAAGUGGCAGAUUACAGCACGAGGAACAUCAGAACCCUAAGCCGGUGUGCAAGGUGCAGCUAGGUUUUGUGGUGGUGAGAAAUGAGAAACAACCCACUGUCUCUCUCUCGGAUAACCGCAGGGAGCACUGGGGACCUCCCAGGGAGAAAACGCACAAAGCCAGCAUCACCCAGGCAAAAUCAAACUGGUAAUACCAGCUGCAGCUGAGAUUGUGUGCGGAAUGGUGUCAGGAAUAAAUUUGUAGAUGGAUGCCGCAAAAGGAAGACCAAGGGGGGAAAGUAAUUACAAGCACAUUUAUUUGGAAGGAGACAGGUGGAGAAAGAAAGGGUCAAGAAAUGGGAAAAGGGAUGGCAAGGGCAGCAUCGGGCUGAGCACGGCAUACGGGUCAGGCGGGAGGUGUGGGCUGGGUGCUUUCCCUGGCUGAUGGAGCCAGCAGGUGUCACCGUGUUGGUGCUCUGGACCCGAUGACAUCUGUAUUCACCCAGUUUUUCCUAAUGCUUAACACACAGUGGUCGUGUCCCAGACACAUCUUGCUCUGGUUUUGGUGGUCCAUGGGAGUCAGACAGGGCCAGCCGCGCUCGGCAGGGCAGGAAAGCUUUCCCCUGCGCUCUGGGGCCAAGCUCAAACCUUCCCAAGUCUCUCAUCCCCCUGCUCUCCUGUCUAGAGCAUGAAAUUUGGUCCCCAGGUGCUCCUCUGAUCCCAGGAGUGUCUCCCCCUUAAACUAGAAUUGCCUUUGCAGAAAGCUUGUGGGACAUGGAUGAUCCCAGUCUACACCUGCCUUGCUGGAGGAAAAAGGCACUUGCAGUGGGACAAGUGUUUUGGAGCUCUGUCUGAGCCCCUGGCCACUGCUAGGAACAGGCUGGAGGAUGAGUUGAACCUCUGCUCUGCUCAGGCCACUGGGCUCCUCUCCCAGGGACAGGAUGGAAGAUGAUAGAGCUGUAAGAAAGGGACAGGGAUGGAUCUUCUGGACUCAGACCAUGGAGAUGAUCAGGGACAUCCCCUGUAACUCAUACUGCUGUGAGAACUGACAUAGGAAAGUUCUCCUAGAAGCAGAGUUGGAUGAGUUAUUCCCCCUGGUUUGGCCUGGCAAUCAAGCUCAGCAUUUCUUGGAGGGGGACCACUUCUGGGGUGCAUUGCAGCUCUGCCCCGGCAGAAAGGCCGUCCGGGCUCUGAGCGCCAGGAGCCGGCCGUGCAGGCAGUGAGCAGGCAGCUCUGCCUGCCCACGCUGCCCACUCGCAGCGCCGGGGAGUGGCCAGCACCGAUGAGCACGGGGGCAAGAGCGGGCAGCUGCUGCCCGACAGCGGGAGCCUCCCGGGAAGGGUCCGCGGGGAGGAGCAGUCGGCAGGAACACAGUGAGGCUGGAGCCAGACCAGACUGGGACCAUCCACCGCACUGCCCUCGUCAGCGUCAGAAAUCCGGUCCUGACAACUGUGGAACUCCUCACACGAUGCUGACGUGCCGUUCUGCAAAGCUGCUGGGGACCAGCUGGCUGCUCCUUGCAGCUCAGCUUCCUUUCCCCUGCCAUCCAGGGCUGCUGGUGCCUUUGCAACAAGCCAUAGAAGCGGUGGGACCCCUCGAGAGAAAAGAUGCUGCUGUGGGAUCCUCGGUGCUGCUUCCUGGGCCGGAAAACAUCACGCACAUCUACUCCAUGCAGUGGGAGUACCUCAAUGGCACUAGCUCCCGCACCAUCCUGCAGUACUACAGGGGGUCUCACAACACUGCCAUCCACGUGCCCUAUGCAGGACGAGCCAUUUUCCAUCCAGCCAAUGGAUCUCUCUUGCUGGAGGAUGUCCAGGAAAGCGACAGUGGCAUCUACAAAGUGACUGUCAACGUGGGAGACAGGGAGAGCCUGAGAAUCCUGCUGGAAGUCCUCAAGCCCGUGACUCGCCCUCAGCUCCAGAGCAGUGCUCUCGUGGCCCGGGCCACCGGCAUGGUCCUCUGUGAGGUGAUGGAGGGCAAGGUGGACACCAUCACUUGGAAGAAGGAUGGGCAGCCCAUUCCCUCAGACAGAGGUUACCACCUCUCCAACAGCCUCAGCAUUUUGUACCUGAGGUCAGCAAAGAAGUCAGACUGUGGCUCCUACUCCUGCAACGCCAGCAAUGGGAUAAGCUGGCAAGAAACCUCCCUGAACGUCACCAUUGCAGGUCUCUCCCCUCCCUUGCAGGACGCCCUGAGGGUUGCAGUGGUUGCCGUGGUCUUUGCUGCCGUCUCAGGAUGGGGAUUAAUUUUUCCUGUCUGCCAGUCUGACAAGCUAAGAAUAAGGGGGGAGCUGUGGAGAUGGCUCAGCGCCUACACCUGCGGGCUGGUGUGCAUCGCCUCCAUCCUGGCAGGCACCGCCGGGAUCCUCUGGAUGCGAGAGGAAGGCCCUUCUAUUGCAAUCAUAUUGCCAGAGAUCGCCCUUACAUACGUGAUCGUGGUAACCUUCCUGGUCUCUGCCACCGUGACCUUCCAGCCUACAAAGCUCAUCCAACUGAAAAGUAAAACAGCACAGCGCACGAUGGGCUAUGCUGCUCCUGGAGGAGUGGUUUCGGUGGUGCUGACGACCAGCUUCCUCAUAAAAAACAUCCACCAUCGCCACGAAGAAGGAUGCACCGAGUUCGUGGACUUGACCAUCCUCACGGUCAGCACAGCGGCCGUGUCUGCCCUCCCGCUCCUUGCCAUCUUCCUCUCCUAUCACACGACUCAGGGGUGGCUGAAGGAACGUGACUCCGGCUGGGUGGAGAAGGCAAGGUCCUUUGAAAUGUCUCAGCCCAGCAGCAGGGAUGCUGUUCCCACCUGUUAGAGGUUUGUCGGGGUGUUUCUCGCUUGGUUGAGUCAACCCAAUCUUUCUUCCUAGUUUAAUGGGUUUAGGGCUCUCUGUUUCAGUGGGUUGGAACUUCUGUGACACCUCUAAUAAAGGGCAAUGAACUCGU